AGAGACAGAGUCCAAAGAUCUCUUCAUAUAUUCCUGUAAUCUUUAUUUUUUAAGAUUUACUUUGUCAACUUUCAAAUGGGUGGAGGACUGGUAGCAGAUGAUUUCAAAACUGGUCACGAUGCUUGUGAUUCUGAUUUACCGCUGAAACCAGCAAGAACCCUAGUCCUUAUUGGCUGCUCGGGCAACGGGAAAAGCGCGACAGGGAAUAGCAUCCUCAGAAGUGAGGCAUUCAAGUCAAAAGCACAGGCAGCAGCUGUUACCAAAGAAUGCCUUUUUAGUUUGUUCCCCUCAAACGAGUCUACCAUCCGAGAAAUAUUAAAAUGCUCUCAUCUUGCCAAAGAAGGUAUCGAUGCGGUGCUUAUGGUUUUUUCCUUGAGGAGCAGGCUAACAGAAGAGGAGAAAUCUGUGCUUUUUGUUUUGAAAAUACUUUUUGGAGAUGCUAUUGUUGACUACUUGAUCGUUGUUUUCACCAAUGAGGAUUCACUUGUGGAUAACAAUGCGACAAUCAAUGACUAUCUGGAGGGCUCUCCUGAUUUCAAGGAAAUUAUCGCAGCCUGCAAUAACCGCAUGGUUCUGUUUGAGAAUAGUCUUAGGACAAGUAAGCGCAAGAAAGAGCAAGUUCAGAGGCUUUUAGACCUUGUUGAAGAAGUUGAGAGGAAGAACAACAAAAAACCAUUUCUGUUUGAUUUAUCUCAUGAGACAAUGGAAAGCGAGGCCGUAGUUGACGAAAAGGCGAAAAGGAUUAGCGCAAUGAAGGGUAAAUACACAGAACAAGGGAUGUCCAAUUGGAAGGAAGAGGAAGUGAAUUCACCUCAUCAUCAGCUCAGCCAAAAAGUAGAGAAGGUGAUAGAAACAACGAGUUUGCUGGAGCAGAAACUGAAUCAGGAGCAAAAUGCAAGGCUUGAAGCGGAAAAAAGGGCGAAAAAACUCCAUGAAGAAUCCAGCGAAGAGAUUAAGAAUCUGAAGGAGAAACUCGAGAGAGCAGAAAAAGAACUCGAGAAAAGGGAAAAAAGUUGCAUCAUUCUUUGAUGAUCUUUCAAACUUUUCCAACCUGAGAUCUCAACGCACAUUUUGAGUUUGUUAUAGUCUUUUUCUUUCUAUCAAUUAUCUGGUUUUAUGUGAUGAUUUCUGACAUAAAGUCACCGUUAACAU